AUGUGGACGUCAACCACCGGACUGACGGGCAAGCCCCUUCAGUGGGCCAUCACCUUCACGGCCGUCAUGGGUUUCUCGCUAUUCGGAUACAACCAGGGCAUGAUGUCUGGUCUCAUCGCCGGUACGCAGUUCGUCCUUGAGUUCCCUGUCCUCGCCAUGCCCGAGGGCGCCACCAAGGACACCGACAUCGCCACCUACAAGCACAUCAACGUUCUGCGUGGUGGUGUUACUUCCUGCUACGAAAUCGGCUGCUUCUUCGGUGCCCUUUUCUCCAUGUUCUACGGUGAGGCCAUUGGCCGCACUCGCCUGAUCGUCGCCGGUGCCAGCAUCCUGAUCAUCGGUGCUGCCAUCUCCGCCGCUCCCUACGGUGCCGAUUGGGGUCUUGGUCAGUUCGUUGUCGGCCGUGUCAUCUCUGGCGUUGGCAACGGUCUGAACACCGCUACUAUCCCCGUCUGGCAGUCCGAGUGUUCGUCCUCGCACAACCGUGGUCUGCUUGUCUGCUUCGAAGGUGCUAUGAUUGCUGUCGGUACCUUCAUCGCCUACUGGGUCGUCUUCGGUCUCUCCUAUGUCGAGCAGUCCGUCCAGUGGCGAUUCCCCGUUGCGCUCCAGAUCCUCUUCGCCCUGAUUGUCGUCGUCGGUGCAUUGCUGCUCCCCGAAUCCCCCCGUUGGUUCGUUAUGCGUGGCCACAACCAAGAGGCCUGCGACGUGCUCGGUAAACUCAAGCGCGAGUCUCCCGACUCCGACGUCGUUCUCAACGAGUUCAACUUCAUGAAGGCCGACGUCGAAAUGACCAAGGCUUCUCAGGCCAGCUGGAAGGUUAUCUUCACCGGCGGCAAGACCCAGGAAUUCCAGCGUCUUAUCCUUGGUUGCGCUGGUCAGUUCUUCCAGCAGUUCACCGGUUGCAAUGCUGCCAUAUACUACUCCACCCUGCUUUUCGAGGAGAAUUUGGACCUCCAAAAGCGCCUGGCCCUGACUAUGGGUGGUGUCUUCGCUACCGUCUACGCUCUGGCUACCAUCCCCUCGUUCUUCAUGAUUGAGAAGGUCGGUCGCCGUAAGCUCUACCUCAUUGGUUUCUUGGGCCAGGGUCUCUCUUUCGUGAUCACAUUCGGUUGUUUGAUCAAGGAAAACGAGGAGAACUCCAAGGGUGCCAUUGUCGGUAUCUUCCUCUUCAUCGUCUUCUUCGCCUUCACUCUGCUGCCUCUGCCCUGGAUCUACCCCCCCGAGAUCAACCCCCUCCGUACCCGUACCGCUGGUGCCUCGGCCUCCACCUGUACCAACUGGAUCACCAACUUCGCGGUCGUCAUGUUCACUCCCCUCUUCGCCGCCACCUCCGGAUGGGGUGUCUACCUCUUCUUCGCUCUCGUCAACUUCAUCGGUGUCCCCGUCGCCUACUUCUUCUUCGUGGAGACUGCCGGUCGUGAGCUCGAGGAAAUCGACAUCAUCUACGCCAAGGCCCACGUCGAAAAGCGCUGGCCCUUCAUGGUCGCCAACGACAUGCCCAAGCUUGGUAUGGAGGAGAUUACCCAGCAGUGCCGCGAGCUCGGCCUCGACACCAACUCUCCCGUCGGCCAGAACGAGCUCGGCCUGGGCAGCGGCUCCUCCGAGGACGAGGUCCAGGAGAAGCAGGGCCAGGAGUAA